AUGUCUCACUUGCAUUCCCACGACGGCGGCAUCACCAUGCACGCCAGCCACGGCCAUGAUGCCGGCAGCUUCAUGCACUCCCACGACGGUGGCAUCACCAUGCACGCCAGCCAUGGCCACGAGGCCAGCAGCUUCUCGGCCGUGGAGCAUGGCCACAGCCACGAGAUCCUCGAUGGGCCGGGCAGCUUCUUGGCCCGUGAGAUGCCCAUCAUCGACGGCCGCAACUGGGAGGAGCGCGCGUUUACCAUUGGCAUUGGCGGUCCUGUCGGUUCGGGCAAGACUGCCCUCAUGCUGGCUCUCUGCCUCGCUCUGCGCGACCGCUUUUCGAUUGCGGCCGUCACCAACGACAUCUUCACGCGCGAGGACGCCGAGUUUCUCACCCGCAACAAGGCCUUGCCAGCCGACCGCAUUACGGCCAUCGAGACGGGCGGAUGUCCUCACGCGGCCGUCCGCGAGGAUAUCAGCACCAAUCUGGCCGCCCUCGAGGACAUGCAGGCUGCCUUCCACACUGACCUGCUGCUCAUCGAGUCCGGCGGCGACAACCUGGCGGCCAACUACAGCCGUGAGCUCGCCGACUUCAUCGUCUAUGUCAUCGAUGUCAGCGGUGGCGACAAGAUCCCCCGCAAAGGCGGUCCCGGCAUCACCCAGAGCGACCUGCUCGUCGUCAACAAGACCGACCUGGCCGAGGCCGUUGGCGCCGACUUGGGCGUCAUGGAGCGCGACGCCCGCAAAAUGCGCGAGGGCGGGCCCACCGUCUUCGCCCAGGUCAAGAAGAACGUCGGCGUCGAGCAUAUCGUCACGCUGAUCCUCAGCGCCUGGCGUGCCAGCGGUGCCGAGUCGGUCGUCAAGAAACAGGGUGGACCGCGUCCGACCGAGGGUCUCGACACUCUGUGA